UCUGACCGAGUCAGUCAUUAUCGAGUUAAUCGCGCCGUCUCGAGUUUCGUUUAAUUUUAUUUAUACAGUUUAAUUUGUAUUGGUUUAGUGUUUUCGUAUUUUACUUUACCUACACACUGACCAUAAAUACUUUGUAUUGUGUUAUUAUUGUGCAGUGUUCAGUAUUGAAUAUUCUACAAUUUUUUUUGAAUUUAGUAUAAUGCCGCGGAAAUCUAACCUUAACAAUCAGUGUAGUAAAAAUGCACGACGUAUGCGUGCUAAUAGAGCUCAUGAAUCGGAAGAACAAAUUGCAGCAAGAAACGCAGCUCAACAAAUCAGAACAGCAGAAAUUCGCAGACAAGAGUCUCGAGAACAGCGUGAUGAACGUCUACUACAAAAUAUAUUGAGAACAAGAUCGACGCGAGAACGGCACAUAGCCACAUUUAGAGAACUUGAAAGAGAGCGACAACAAACCAACCGUGCAUUAACACGUGCAUCAUUCGUUCGCCUUGCGUUCGUAUAUGCACCGGACAUCAAUUACUCAACACAUACUAAAAUUAUAAUUGGUGCAAUGGAUAAAAUAUGCCAAUAUUGUCAAGCGUUAAAAUUCCGCAAUGAAACGAUUGGUAUGUGUUGUGCAUCUGGAAAAGUUGUACUGGCACCUCUUCCUAUUCCACCGGAACCUUUAAAAUCAUUUUUUGCUGGCGAAUCAGACGAUUCGAAAUUAUUUUUGCGUAAGAUACGCAAAUUCAAUUCUUGCUUCCAAAUGACGUCCUUUGUGCCAACUUUGUGCGUCCUUUGUGAUUUGGAAAACACGUGUUUCUCACAUGGACAGCUAUAUGUUGCCUGCUCACGUGUAGGAAAACCAUCAAAUCUCUUCGUGUUUGCGAAAGACAGGUUAACCAGGAAUGUUGUACACAAAGUAGUACUUAGAUAAUUUUUAGUUUUAAUAAUU